UUACAUAGUGAGUCAGUUGACUGUCGUAUUUCAAUGGAUUAUCGAUAUUUUAUCUGUUAAGAUAAUUAUUAUCAAUUUUCAAUGUAUGUAGUACGCUUUCACCUGUUGAAGAAUUAACAAAAACAGACAAAAUCGACGGAAAAUGGCUUUUUUAGGGAAAAGGGCGCUUUUAUACUUCGCAGUAGCAACAGUUCUAUUGUCAAUGUUCACCCCAGAGGUGGAGGGCAGGAGAAACGUCUUAAGGGGCAGAAAGACGGUCACCAGAAGAUACUUAACUCCUAUGGCCAUCCCAGCGUGGGCCAUAAUAAUCCUAGUAGGCGUGGGACAGCUUGUCAUAGGAGCUGUCAUCUACGUCAUACUGAAAAAAACCAUCGUAGACACGGAAACGUCGGCGUCUUACUCUGUUGCACCCCUUAGUGACGCAUAACUGUCAUUUAAACCAAGAUGGCGCACUAGAUUUACACUGUUUUUUUUAUUUUAGGUUAUAAGGUGAAUCAAUUAUUAUUAUUAUUAUUAUUACUGGUGUUAUUUAUUAAAUAAACAAUGAUUUUCGUGA